GAGAUGGAGUGUUUCCGACAAAUCGGCCGUUGCCUCAAAUCCCCAUUCCAGCGCAAGCAAGCACCGAAAGGACUGGAGAUUGUACGUCGCUCGCCUCGAGUCAACUCAAGGACCGUAGCUAAUGAAUCGCAGGGACACCCAACAAACUUUCGCAAAGAGAAGACGCCGGUCUUCUUCUCGGAUGACGAGUAAGUCCUCAACAAUAGUUUUACAGGAACCACGGAUCUGACAUCGUCGCAGCACGCUGACAUCGCACAGUCUUGGCUCGGACAAUGACAGUGCGAUGAAGACUAUCGAUCUCCCAUCCGCACGAGA